AUGAAGUUUUGGAUGAGGAUGAUGCUUUACGUGAACAUGAAGACGAAGCUUCAGAUGGUGAUACGGUCUUAGGCAGAGAUGAAGCUUUAGGUAAAGAUAGAAUUUCAGAUGAAGAUGUGAUUUUAGUUCGUUUAGCAUUGUUAUUUACUCUUUCAGCUAUUGUUUGGUCAACACUGGUCUUGUUUGUUUUAUCUGGGUCUUUUGAUUCCUAUAAAGGUGUUACAGAGGCAGCUGCACCAAUUCUCUUUUUUUGA